CAGAUGUACAAGCUGGACAUAGGCUGGCCUAAAGUUCCAGAAUACUUCACUGGCCAAACAUUUUGUGUUGCUGUUGACUCUCUUCAUGGAUUGGUCUAUGUAGGACAAAGGGGAGUCGAUGUGCCAAAGGUACUUGUGUUCUCUCAGGAAGGCUAUUUUCUUCACUCCUGGAAUGAGACAGUUGAAAUGCCUCAUGGUAUCUUUGUAUGGAACACUGCAAUAGAUAGUUCAGUAUGGAUCACAGAUGUUGGAACAGGGAAAUACGGACACACCGUGAAACAGUAUAGCCCUUUGGGUAAACUUAUGCAGGUCUUGGGCACGCCGGGUAAUGCUGGCUCAAGCUUGAUUCCCCUGCAGUUUGAUCAGCCAGCAGAGGUCUUUGUAGAGGAGAAUGGAGAUAUCUACGUUGUGGAUGGAGACGGAGGGAUGAACAACAGAUUGCUCAAACUAUCCGAUGAUUAUAAAGAGAUAUGGCUGACUGGGAUAAAUGGGACCGGCAUCGGUGAGUUCAGGAUUCCUCACAGUGUCACAAUGGAUGCUUUUGGACGGGUAUGGGUUGCAGACAGAGACAACAAAAGAAUACAAGUUUUUGAUAAAGUCACAGGAGAAUGGCUCGGAGCUUGGAGUGGCUGUUUUGCAGAAGAUGGACCUUACUCUGUCAGAUUUACUGCCGAUUACAAAUACCUGAUUGUAGCUCAGCUGAAUAUCAACCGGUUAGCAAUAUUUGCAGCACCAUCAAUUGGCUCUAUUGGAGACUGUGUUAUGGUCCACACAAUCCAGCUGGCUGAUGAAACCAAACCUCACCUCGUGGAUGUAGACAUGAAGAGUGGAGCAAUCUAUGUUGCAGAGAUUGGAGCUCAGCAAGUACAAAAAUACGUACCCUUAAGCUGA